AUGCCAGACUCAGAGGAAAAAGUUCCCAUCCUCCUCCUCAAGACCGAGUCCCACCCCGCCGACGCCUAUGCCGAUCUCUUCACGAGCGCAGGCUACAUCCCUCUCUUCGUCCCCGUUCUGCAGCACCAGUUCAACCCCUCCGGUCUUGACAAGCUUCGGCGCAUCCUCCGUCAAGGAGGCAUAUCACGCGACUACCACCCCUCAACCUCCUUCUCCUCCUCAGAAUCAUACGGCGGUCUCAUAUUCACAUCCCAGCGCUCAGUCGAGGCUUUUGCCAAGGUCGUCGGCGAGGAGUCGCGACAAGACAAAGAUGGAGGGACGAUGGAGAAGCUAGCCCGCGUCCCCGUAUAUUCUGUCGGACCGGCGACCACACGCGCUUUGCGGGCCAUAGACCCGCCCCUGCAGGUCUUUGGCGAGCACACCGGCAACGGCCAGGCCCUGGCGGAUUACAUGCUCGAGCACUACCAUGGCUGGUACCCCCGUGAUGGAGGGGGGGCAGAUGAUGAGGGGCAAGCAGAAGGAGGAGGGGUAGGCGUGAGAAGAAAAAAGAUAGAAAAAGUGCCGGCCCUGCUGUUCCCCGUCGGCGAGCAGCGCAGGGACGUGAUACCCCGCACUCUGAUGGAGGAGACCACUCCGGACAGGCGGAUACGCGUGGAUGAGACGGUCGUGUAUGGAACGGGGGUGAUGGAGUCGUUCCCCGGAGACUUUGGCGACAUCCUGCGCUCCACGGCUAUCGCUCCGAGACGGUGGGUUGUCGUCUUUUCCCCCACCGGUUGCGACAGUAUGCUUCGCGGGCUGGGGCUGUUGGAUGAUGGCGAAGAUGCCAAGACGGGCACGGCGAGUGCGGCGACUCACCCGACCACGUAUAUUGUCACCAUCGGACCUACGACGCAGGCUCAUCUGCAGGCCUUGGGCUUCGAACCGCAUGCUGUUGCUGGGAAGCCUUCGCCCGAGGGUGUCCUGGAGGCUAUAAGAGAGUACGAGAAGACGUUGGCAUAG